AUGUUACAACUUAUUGUGUAUGGUUUGUUACUGUUUUUAACACUUCUGGCGAUAUUCGAUAUCAUUCGGCUAUGCACUGUCGACAACGAUGCCUCUAAGAGAAGACUUAGGAUGUGGUGUGCUCCUUAUGAUGUGGUGAAAAAUACGCUUAAAGGCAUGAAGACUUUGAAGGAAGAGAAGGAGACUCCGGAACCUGGACCUGAAACAAAACCUUAUAACAUAUCUGAAACUGUGUGA